CAUGUCGUGGAAACGUCACCAUAGGAGCUGAGAGUGCCCUUGCCGAAAUUAAAGAUUUUCUCAAUGCUUAGUGUUUGCUGAGUUAUCUACAAAAACUCACGAACAACAUGCAAUCAUCCAAUGAAUGGGGUGAAGCCGGUGUACAGAUCCACAGCAUUGGCUACGUUCUUUUUUGUCCUUGCCAGUACCAUCCAGCCUUGUGAUGCAUCUUUGGAUGUAAUAGUGUGCCAGAUGGCUUAAAAAUCAAAGCAAAUUGCAACCAUGCUGACAAGAUGUUGCUGAAAUGUGCUAUAAUUUUCUGCACAUAUAGGGCAUUUUGGUAAUUGCAUGUACAUAUGCAUUUUUGCCCAUCAGGCUGAGCUUCUGUCAUGCCUGUGCAGUAGCUGAAACUGGUGCAACAAGCUUAAGAAGAAAUGCAGCACAUUUCGCUUAGCAAGCUCACCACAGAACAGAGGAACAUUCUGGUCACUGCUGAGAAGAAGCGGAUCUGUGAGCAGAGAGCACUUCAUAUUGUGGAGAUGCUGCUUGAGCCUACCAUCGAGUCUGCAUGGCUUUUGCAACAGGUGAAAUUCAUCGAUCAGAACCAUUACCAAGAUGUAACAGAAGAGCGGUGUGUUACUGGCUGCUGUGGGUAUCCACUUUGCUCAAGGAGUCUUGGCAAGAUACCCAAAAAGCAGUUCCAGAUCUCUACACUCACCAACCGAGUGUAUGACAUUUCAGAAAGAAAGAAAUUCUGCAGCAAUGCCUGCUUUCGAGCGUCUCGGCACUUGCACGCGCAGAUUCAGACCAGUCCGCUGUGGCUGCGGGACCACGAGCCGGCACCCAGCUUCACCCUCCUAGAUGAAGCGGCCAAUCGGCGGGGUGUGGCCGGUGACCUGGUGGACUUGGGCGUGGUGUGCGCGCCGGCCGAGGACGCGGCGCAGACCACCACCGACCAGGUGGUGACCGGCAUGCUGCACCAGUUCGACGAGCUCUCGGAGCGGAUCGGCGAGCUCGGCUUGAGGCCGGAGGAAGAGAGCGAGCGGCAGCCCGGCGGGGGGCGGGCCGGCCGCAGCAAGUCCGUCCCACCGUGCGCCGAGGCCACGCACACUGUGGCUGAGACGUGCGCACGGGACGACUCGGCCGGCGGCGGCCCGUCCGAGGUCGCCGCGCCGAUCCUCACGCGGCAGGAGGCGGAGGCGCGCAACCAGGCGCUGCUGGCCUACCUGCAGGGACAGACGGGCGCGCCGCGGAAGGAGGCGGUGCAGCGGCCGGCGCAGGGCCAGUCGCCGUACGAGCCACCGCUGAUCGAGUCGCAGGACAGAGUCCGCCGGCGGUUGGUCAACGAUCACCUCGGCCGAGCCAUGGCGCGUCUGCUGCCGCCGCUCGGCCUGGUCUGGACGGACGUGACGUCACCGCUGCGCCAGCUGAUCGCCGGCUUCCAUCUGACGGCGCAGAACGUGACGCUUGGGCCGCACCAGUGGACGCUGGCGGCGCUGGUCCUGCUCAGAUAUCUGCUGCGCCGCAGGCCGGAACUGGACGCCCUUGCUCGGGACGCGGACGGGGCCUUCGCUUCGGCGCUGCGAUCGUUCCAGCUGACACGUACUCGGCUGGAUAAGCUGGUGAACCGACUGGAGGCGGCUGUGGCUGUCCCGGUGCCCUGCGACUCAGCCCGAUGA